CGCCCUGGCCCCAGCGCCCUUCAUUCCCCUGUAACCAGGCACGCGAUCACGUGGGACCAUCGCGGGCUGCUGGCGCGGGAAGCCGCGCGAGAGCGGCCCGCGGGGUGCGUGAGCCAGCGCCACCGCUUGCCGUGCGUGGCGUGGGAGCCCGCCCCUCCUGCACGGAGGAGUCGGCCUGCCGCCGCGGCGGCGUCUGGAACCACAAUGGACACUGCCAGCCAUAGCCUUGUUCUUCUGCAGCAGCUGAACAUGCAGCGAGAAUUUGGUUUUUUGUGUGAUUGCACAGUUGCAAUUGGAGAUGUUUACUUCAAGGCUCACAGAGCAGUACUUGCUGCUUUUUCUAACUAUUUCAAGAUGAUAUUUAUUCACCAAACAAGUGAAUGCAUAAAAAUACAACCAACUGACAUCCAACCUGACAUAUUCAGCUAUUUGUUGCACAUUAUGUACACGGGGAAAGGGCCAAAACAGAUUGUGGAUCAUAGUCGUUUGGAGGAAGGGAUUCGAUUUCUUCAUGCCGACUACCUUUCUCACAUUGCAACUGAAAUGAAUCAAGUGUUCUCACCAGAGCCUGUGCAGUCCUCAAAUUUAUAUGGCAUUCAGAUCUCAACAACCCAAAAAACAGUGGUCAAACAAGGACUGGAGGUCAAAGAAGCUCCUUCUAGUAACAGUGGAAACAGAGCUGCUGUCCAGGGUGACCACCCCCAGUUGCAGCUGUCUCUUGCUAUUGGUCUGGAUGAUGGCACUGCAGACCAGCAGAGGGCCCAUCCUGCCACCCAGGCCCUGGAGGAGCACCAGAAGCCCCCAGUUUCCAUCAAGCAGGAGAGAUGUGACCCAGAAUCUGUGAUGUCCCAGAGCCACCCCUCACCCUCAUCAGAGGUGACAGGCCCCACUUUUACUGAAACCAGUAUCAGAAUACACUUAUGCCAUUACUGUGGGGAACGUUUUGAUUCCCGUAGUAACCUAAGGCAACAUCUCCAUACACAUGUAUCUGGAUCCCUGCCAUUUGGUGUCCCUGCUUCCAUUCUGGAAAGUAAUGACCUUGGUGAAGUGCAUCCCCUUAAUGAAAACAGCGAGGCUCUGGAAUGUCGCAGGCUCAGCUCCUUCAUUGUUAAGGAGAAUGAACAGCAGCCUGACCACUCCAACCGGGGUACCACAGAGCCUUUGCAGAUCAGUCAAGUAUCUUUGAUCUCCAAAGACACAGAGCCAGUAGAAUUAAACUGUAAUUUUUCUUUUUCAAGGAAAAGAAAAAUCAGCUGUUCCAUCUGUGGUCAUAAAUUCCCUCGAAAGAGCCAAUUGUUGGAACACAUGUAUACACACAAAGCAGUAUCUGCCAUGUUGUGUUCCUAGUGUUGAGGUAAGUAGUCUUUGUACUGGAUAACAUUUUGGAGGUGUGAUGUAAAAAUGCAUUCAUGGGCCUAAUACCAACAAUAAUCUGUGUUAAUAUUAAUCAAAUGCUUUCCAACUGCCGUCUCUGGAAAGAAAGAUAGUAUCUCAUCAUUUCCCAGAAGUUUCUUGCUUUGCUUCUUUCUUCUCUGUUUACAGUCUACUGUAUCUCCUUUUGCCCAUGUUCUACAAUAGUAGUUCUCAACCAAAGCAUAUUAUUCAGGAUUCUCCAGAAAAAGAAAGAAACAAGGCUGAGUGUGGUGGUUUAUGCUUGUAAUCCCAGCAAUUUGGGAGGCCACAAUGGGUGGAUCACCUGAGGUCACGAGUUCAAGACCAGCCUGACCAACAUGGUGAAAUCCUGUCUCUAAAUAAAAUAAAUUUAAAAAGAAAGAAACAACAGGUAGAAUUGAGAGAAAGAGAUUGAUUGCUUGAUUAUAAGGAAUUGGUUCAUGCAGUUAUGGAGGCUGAGAAGUCCCAAGAUCUGCAGUUGGCAAGCUGAGAGCCAGGGGAGUCAGUGAUGUUCCAGUCUGAGUUUGAAGACUUGAGAACGAGGAGAGCUUAGGGCAUAAAUUCCAGUCCAAAAGCUGGCAGGCUUGAAACUCCAGAAGAGCUGAUGUUUCCGUUUGGGUCCAAAGUGAGGGAAAGACUGAUAAUUGGAGCUCAUGCAGUCAGGCCAGAGGUCUCUUUUUAAAUUCUAUUCUAUUCUGGCCUUCAACUGAAUGAAUGAGAGCCACCCACAUCAGGGAGAGUGAUCUUGUUUACUCAGUCUACUGAUUGAGAUUUUAUCUCCAUCCAGAACACCCUCACAGACACACCCAGAAUAGUAUUUGACUAUUGGGGCACCCCAUGGCCUAGUUAUUUGGACACAUAAAAUUCACCAUUACACAGGGCUAUCCUCCUCCCCCACCCCCACCCCCACUGCCAUAGAGACAUUUGACAAUCUGGAGAUGUUUUUGGUUGUCACAGUUGGGUGGGCGAUGACGGAGGCUGCUGCAGGCAUCUAGUAGGUGGAGGCCAGGGAUGUUGCUAAACAUCUCAGUGCAGAGGACAGCCCCCCACAAUACAGAAUAGGUACCUCAAAAGGUCAGUAGAGCUGAGGUUGACCAACCCUUCUAAGACUAAGACCCUAAAGUAAGUUUUGUGAUGGUUGUCAGGAAUUAAAGAAUACAAAGAAACCUAAUUGGGGGAUUUCUAUCUUAGUCAUGUUAAGAGUAAGAAUUGGAGUAUGAGAUGUGUUCAGAAUUAAAUUCUUUUUUGUAUUAUUUUUGAUCCCAGCUUUUAAAAGAUAAAAAUGUGAUUAGAAAAAAGAUUAAAAGUAUGAUUAUUAAAAAUCAGGGAUGUAUUAAUCAGCAAGACAGUUUUAAAUCUAUUCAUAUAAUGUUUGAACUAAAUAAUUGUGUCUCCAAAGAGGUCUCUUCAUGAAGUUGAGAUAGUAGGUUAUAAUUUGUGUAAUUUUAAAUCUGGCCAAAAGGUGGCAUCAGUGAAACUUUAAAAAAUGUUCAUUAUACUUGAAUUCAGCCUUACUAUUAAUAGUUAAGUAUUAUUUAGGGCUUAGCUACUUUUGGAUCAUGGUUUUUAGAGUCAAGGCUAAUGAGAAUUUUUUAAAAAUUUUCAUAGGGCACUGCAAUAUCUUGAUACUCCUCUUUAAUCGAGAUGCCUCUGAUUUACAUGUACAUAUAUCACCAGAUAACUUUUUAAAAUAUCACAUCAUUGUGAUAUAUUGAACAUUUCUGAAGAUUUUUCCAAGUCAUUAAUAGUGAGGCCUUGGGAUUUGGGCUCUUCUAAUCAGGCAUCACACUCAGUUUUUGGUGUUCUGCCUGGUCAAGAAAUAGAUUAAAGGGCAUUUGAGUAAAUACGCUCCCUUGCUUGUUUCUUGCCUUUUGUUCUUUUUUUUUAACAUCCACAAUCUAUGAGGUAGGCCAGUAUGUUACUUACUGAAAUUUACUGUCUUUUCCAACUAUGGUUCAACAACUGACUUUCUUCUUUUACACUUUCCAACCCAUUCCAUUCUGAAUAAGUUAAGAGUUUUCUUACCUUCAACUAUUCUCACCUUCCAAUACUGAGUGAAUAUAGUCUGCCUCCCCGCUCAUUUCUGAUUACAAUAUUGUCACAACCUAGGACUUUGUACCUAACUACCAAUUGCUUUUCCUAAGUUUAUUUUACAACUGAUGAGCCAACUUGGAAAAUGAGCCCACUCUCCCUCCGAUACAUUCUUUUCCACUGUUUCUACAAUUUUGAAACUUUUUUCAUUGAAACAAUUUGGUGAUACUGUAUCAAAAUAAUAGAAAUAAAGUAUUAGGGCCCUGCAAGGUGGCUCAUGACUGUAAUCUCAGCACCUUGGGAGGUCAAGGCAAGUGGAUCACCUGAGGUCAGGAGUUCGAGAC